GUAUAGUCUGUGUGUGUGUCUCUGGUACUCUCUCAAACCACAGAGGCCAGAGCAAGGCAAAACUGAGAAAGAGAGAGAGAGAGCGCUUCGGAAACUGCGCUCUGAAGCAGCUACUUGAGUCCCGAUGGCCCCAGCUUUCUGCAGCUCCUUCGUCCGCCAAAACUAGGGUUUCUUUUUCUCCUCUUCUCCUUCAUCAGUUUCUGCACUCAUUAUCUACAGAUCUUCAGGUAAAGAACUGGCACUGUCAGCCUCUCAUUUCAGAAUCAUCAAACGGAAAUCUCAUUUUCUUGGGGAAUAUCUGGUGUGGUCAAUGCUACAUUGCUCUGAAUCUUCCAUUAUAGUUUGUGGUGUUUGUAGCUCUUAAGUUUUGAGAAAAUAUGAAGAUUGGAUGACGCAUUCGGAUGCUAGAACUAGCUAUAAGUUUUGUGGGUCAGGUGGGGUUCCAGAAUUGAGUGCAUUUUGGUUUAGUCUCUUUCCUUCAAGUAGAGAGAAAAUUAAAUAUGCAGACACCAAAAACAAGAACUGGCUCUUUGGAGGUUCCUAAAAGGAUAUCACCAGUGACACCUCCAACUGCUCGAAAGUUGAAGACACCAGGAUCAGAUUCUGACUCAAUCCCUUCUCCAAAUCCUGCAAGCAGGACACCCAAAGACAGAAGCCCAAAAGUUGUUGAGCGCAGAUCACCUCGAAGUCCUGUGUCUGAGAAGAAGCGCCCAAGCAAAGUGUCUGAAUUGGAAUCUCGGCUUGCUCAGCUCCAGGAGGAACUGAAGAAGGCAAAGGAUGAGCUGAGCUCAUCCGAGUCAUGGAAGAAGCUGGUUCAGCAAGAAGCUGAAGAGACCAAGAAGCAAUUGGCAGCCAUGUCAGAAAAGCUUGAGGAGUCGCAGCAGCAGCUAGCAGAGCAUUCUGACUCUGAGCAAGCUCGUAUCCAAGAGCUGCGGAUGAUCUCUCAGGAACGAGAUCGAGCAUGGCAGUCUGAACUCGAGGCUGUCCAGAAGCACCAUGCAAUGGAUUCUGUUGCCUUGUCUUCUGCUACGAAUGAGAUUCAGAAGCUCAAUGCCCAGCUGGAAAGGGUGGCUGAAUCUGAAGCUGCUCAGGCUAGGCAUGCAGAAUUAGCUCAUAUUGAGAUACAGAACUUAAGAAUGGAACUUACAAAAACUCUCUCCCUAGUUGAAAAACUGAAAAUCGACCUUAGUGAUUCCAAACAAUCUGAAGCUCGAGCCUUAGAAAUUUCCAGUAAAACUCAAAUGCAAUUGGAAAUGGCAAAGACAGCUGAGGAUGUGCUCAGAUCUGAAAGUCUUAAAGCCAUGGAAGCAUACAAAUCCUUGACCACGGAGUUGGAGAAGUCAAAAGCUCAAGCAAAUCUUUUGGAGGAACUUGUUAGGAAACUCCAGGCUGAUCUAUCUAAAAUUUGCAACAAAAGUUCAGUAAACCCUUCAUGUGUUCAGGAAAAUGGAGAACAUGAGGAUUCAAGCCAGCUGACAGCAGAGCUUAAUCAAGUGAAAUUUGAAGUUGAUCAGCUAAGAUCUGCACUAGCGGUGGCUGAGAAAAGGCACGAAGAGGAAUGUAUUCAGAGCAAAACCAAAAUUAGAAGUGCUUAUGAACUAUUAGAGCGCACAAAAUCAGAGUUAUGCUUGAGAGAGGCUGAAUUGGAGUCAAAAUUGAAGGCUGCUAAAGCAGAGAUUGAAGAUUUGAAGGCCAACCUAAUGGCUAAAGAGGUUAAAUUGCAGAGUAUCUCUGAGGACAAUGAGGUGCUGAAUCAAAAGAUCAAGGAAAAUCAGUUGACAGAGGGAGAAUCUACACUAGAGAUGGAGAUGAAAAGGUUUGAGGCAGAGCUGGCUGAUUUAAAAUCGAGUUUGUUGGACAAAGAAAGCAAAGUACAGAGUGUAACUGAGGAAAAUGAGAGGCUGAAGUUGGAAAUCAAGAAUAGGGAGACAGAGAGUGAGAAAGUGAAUGGCGAGGCCCUUGCAUUAGUAGAAGCAGCUAGAGCUGCUGAGCGAGAAGCUCUAAUGAAGUUAGGUUAUUUGACUGAGGAAGCAGAUAAAAGUAGCAGGAAAGCUGCUCGAGUGACUGAACAGCUGGAUGCUGCCCAAGCUGCAAAUUCAGAGAUGGAAGCAGAGUUAAGGAGGUUAAAGGUGCAGUCCGACCAGUGGAGGAAGGCAGCCGAGGCAGCUGCUGCGAUGCUUUCAGGGGGGAACAACGGUAAAUAUGUGGAGAGAACAGGAUCCCUUGACAGCAACUACAAUACCAUUGGUGGAAAGCUUGGUUCUCCUUUCUCAGAAGACAUGGAUGAUGAAUCGCCAAAGAAAAAGAACAGUAGCAUGUUCAAGAAGCUCGGUGUCCUGUUGAAGAAGGGCUCCAAGUAGAUGCAUUGUUUGGUAGGUUCCAAACUCUCUUUCACUAGCUUCUAUCGCACAUUUUUCGGGUAUACUCACUGGAAAAUCCCUUUUGAACAGGCUACUGGUGACUAUGGAAGUUUAAACUUAUGGACUUUACUACUAAGAAAAUUUUCCAGGAAAGACCCUAUUUAAGACUUUGUAUAGUUGUUCCCUGGAAAUGGAUAAACUCCUACUAUUGUAUCUCAUUUACCUGCCAUUUGUGCUGGACACUGAAUUAUUGAAACCUUCUGCUGCUGUGGCUAUCUGUUUAUGGUAAAAGUAGUUGGCCUUCAUUCUCAUCAUGGGAAAUUAAUCUAUUGCAGUGCAGUUCUUGAUUGCUGUUA